AUGUCUCUGGAGCCACAUAAGUUCGUCCUCGUCACGGGGGCCACUGGCUUCAUCGGCGCCCAUGUCGUCGAUACCUUAUUGGAACGCGGCAUUAAAGUCCGCGGGGCUACGAGGUCGAUAGAGAAGGGGAACGUAAUGAAGAAGGCCCGCCCUCAGCAUGCUGCAAAUCUCGAGUUUGUUCAGAUCCAGGAUUUUGAGAAUCCAGGCGGACUGGAAGAGGCCGUCCAAGGCGUUGAUGGUGUGAUCCAUGUUGCCAGCCCUUUUACUUACGACACGACCGACAAUGAGAAAGAACUCAUAAUUCCCGCAAUCAACGGCGUUCGAGCAAUCCUAGAGGCCUGCACUACAAACCGUGCAAUCUCCCGCUUGGUCAUCACCUCCUCAUUCGCAUCUGUCGUCGACAUCGCACGAAAAGGCAAUUAUGCGUACACAAGCAAAGACUGGAAUCCCCUCACUUAUGAAGAAUCUGUUGCCCCCACAAGUGACGCAGUGGUUGCCUACCGAGCCUCCAAGAAGUUUGCGGAGCUUGAAGCCUGGAAGUUUGUCGAGGAGCGCAAGCCACACUUUGAUAUUGUUACUCUUUGUCCUCCAAUGACUUUUGGGCCUGUUGUACACCCAAUCUCUGGUAUCGACAAACUCAAUGAGUCUAAUGCGGUGCUUUGGUCUGUGGCGAAAGGAGUCUCUCUUCUGCCUGUGUCGAGGGUUCCGUUCUGGAUUGACGUUCGCGAUCUUGCCACUGCCCAUGUUCAGGCUCUCCUGGUGAAGGAUGCUGGAGGAAAGCGGUUCACGCCGACUGCGCCUGAAAAGUUCUCAUAUGGACUAGCAGCUCAGCUGAUGGUGGAAGAGUUUCCGCAGUUGAAGGAGGUCAUCAAGCUGGAAGAACAGGUUAUCGACGAGAGCAAGAGUCUGGACGGAGAAACCGCAGGUAGAGAACUCGGAUACGAAUAUCGCACAUUUCGCCAGACCGUCAAGGAUUUCAUCUCUCAGGCCAUCGCCUUAGAAAAGAGCGGUUAA